GACCCCGCCCCCCUGAGAAGAGCAGCCGCAGCCCCUGCAGGACAGGGGCCUGCGUCGCGAUGGGUUCCACCGCCACCCCCGAGGGCGCGCUGGGCUACGUCCGUGAGUUCACUCGCCACUCCUCGGACGUGCUCGGCAACCUGAACGAGCUGCGCCUCCGCGGGAUCCUCACUGACGUCACGCUGCUGGUUGGCGGGCAACCCCUUCGAGCUCACAAGGCGGUUCUGAUCGCCUGCAGCGGCUUCUUUUAUUCAAUUUUCCGAGGCCGUGCUGGAGUGGGGGUGGAUGUGCUCUCCCUGCCCGCCGGCCCAGAAGCCGGAGGCUUCGCUCCUCUUCUGGACUUCAUGUACACUUCACGCCUGCGCCUCUCUCCAGCCACUGCACCAGCCGUCUUGGCGGCUGCCACCUACUUGCAGAUGGAACACGUGGUCCAGGCCUGCCACCGCUUCAUCCAGGCCAGCUACGAACCUCUGGGCAUCUCUCUGCGGCCUUUGGAGGCGGAACCCCCCACACCCCCGACAGAACCUCCGCCAGGCAGUCCCAGGCGCUCCGAAGGGCACCCAGAUCCACCUACUGAGUCUCGCAGCUGCAGUCAAGGCCCCCCCAGUCCAGGCAGCCCAGACCCCAAGGCCUGCAACUGGAAAAAGUACAAGUUCAUCGUGCUAAACUCUCAGGCCUCCCAAGCAGGGAGCCUGGCCGGGGAGAGGAGUUCUGGUCAACUCUGCCCCCAAGCCCGGCUCCCCAGUGGAGACGAGGCUUCCAGCAGCAGUGGCAGCGGCAGUGAAGAAGGACCCAUUCCUGGUCCCCAGAGCAGGCUCUCUCCAACUGCUGUCACAGGACAGUUCAAAUGUGGGGCUCCAGUCAAUACCCCGCAUCUCCUCACAGCCCCAGCUCAAGAAACCACUGGAUCACACUCUGGGCAGGCUUGUCCACCACCAGGAAGUGAAUUUUUCAGCUGCCAGAACUGUGAGGCUGUGGCUGGGUGCUCAUCGGGGCUGGACCCCUUGGCUCCUGGUGAUGAGGACAAGCCCUACAAGUGUCAGCUCUGCCGAUCUGCCUUCCGCUACAAAGGCAACCUGGCCAGUCACCGCACGGUGCACACAGGAGAGAAGCCCUACCAUUGUUCCAUCUGCGGAGCCCGCUUUAACCGGCCGGCCAACCUGAAAACCCAUAGUCGCAUCCAUUCGGGAGAGAAGCCCUAUAAGUGUGAGACGUGCGGCUCACGCUUUGUGCAGGUCGCGCACCUGCGCGCGCACGUGCUCAUCCACACCGGGGAGAAGCCCUAUCCUUGCCCUACCUGCGGCACUCGCUUCCGCCACCUACAGACCCUUAAGAGCCACGUUCGCAUCCACACGGGAGAGAAGCCAUACCACUGCGAGGCCUGCGGCCUUCAUUUCCGGCACAAGAGUCAGCUGCGCCUGCAUCUGCGCCAGAAGCACGGAGCUGCUACCAACACCAAAGUGCAGUACCACAUUCUGGGGGGCCUCUAGCUGAGCGCCGGCCGGAUCCCACCCGGAUCCCAAUCGCUUCUCCGAAGCCGGGACGGCCGCGGGCUCACGGCUGGCUUCCCCCUCGGGCUUGGGUGUGCAAGGCCCCUCCAGUAUCAGAAACUGCCAUCACCACCUUCGGUUAUCACUGGGGAGAGCGGGGGGUGGCAGAUCUCGGCUUGAUCUGCCUCUGUUUUGCUGGUCAAAACCUCUUCCCCACGAUCAAAAUGGUUUCUGGAGGAGACAGCCAGCUGGGAGUUGGGGGCGGGGAGAGACUGGCAGUGGGGGGGGUAAUAGUCCUCCACCUGCAGCCCUCCCCUUCUCAUUUGGUUUAUCUGUAAAUAUAAUUUAUUGAGGCCUGUGGGUGGCACCAGGGCCUUCAUUCUAUUGCAUUCCCCACUUCCCUCUUCUACAAGUGUGACCAAAAGUGACCUGAGGCACUGUAGGUGAGGUCACAGCUCUGCUGGCAGAGAUUAGCACUUGGCUGUCUCCUUUGGCUUGACUAUUUUAUGUGUACUAUUGUCAUAACUUGUAUCUUUAGAAUUGUUGUUUCUCUUAUGUGUGUCUGCUUGUUGGUUUGCUUAAAACAGAGAAAGGGUCCCUCUGUCCUGUCCCUCGAAAUCCUAGGUCUGGAACCUUAUUUGUUCUAGGGGCAGCUCUGUGGACAUGCGGGGUUGUAGAAUUGGGUCAGGAACCCUCUUCGAUAUUCUGGAUAUUGUAGGUUCUCUAGCGAGCUAGAACUGCAUAUAGACUUUCCUCUGGUUCCAAGACUUAGAGAAACGUUUUUGGUGAGCCAGAAAUGGAAGUAAGAAGUGUUUUCUGGGGGCCGUUGAUGUAGGGGCUUUGGCAGUCUUGGAACUGGAGGGAUGAUUGGAGGGGCUUUCUCUUAUGGCCCCAACUGUCCUGUGAGUCUGGUCACCUAGGAUUGGCUCUAUUGUGUCAAUCUGUCAUGAGUUGGGCUUUCAUGGAGCCCAGGAUCCUCCCACUGGGGCCUGUUCCCAGCACUGGGUUGAUCCCUUCUUUAUCAGAGAUGACUCAACCCUUUCUGAUUCUGCCCAGAAUGGUAUGACCGAUGCAAGAAUUAUUAAACUCUAUCUUGACUAGAAGAUAGAGAGUCAUGACCAGUUCUUUACUGUAGCAGUGUCUGGGUUCAUAUAUUCCUUGGGGUUCUCUCUACCUGAGACAAGCCCCUUCUUCCUUUAAUGGGUUUUUAGACAUCUUCUGGCAAGUGUCAGAAUUUCAGAAACUUCUUUGCCUCUAGAAGUCACAGGUGCUUGGUAACUUUCUUACCUUAGAAAAGCGAAGUCUGUGACCUGGCCUAACCAUCAAUGCAUUCCUGUCUGGAAUGCACUAGAACCUUCCACAGGGAGACAAAAGGGGCUGAGUUCCAUUCCAGAUUCACUGUAGUUUGGGAUUAUGACUGGGAUUACUGUUGGGAUUAGGGAUUUAGAAGAUUGAAAAGAGUAAUUGACUCAUGAGCCUUCUGGUUGACCAAGUAUCUGGGUAGGACUAAGAGGUUGGUUGAGGGGACAUGGUCUCUGGUAUAGGCCAAGUAGGUAGAAAGUUGGGAAUGUUCUUAAUUAGAUGGAAUGUCUGGAAUGUGAGAUGAUACUCAGAAGCCUCCGUUUACAGUCCUUCUCCUGUUGCCUUGGGAGCUGUUUGAUUGUGGGGUUUGGGUGGAGGUUAGAGAGCACUUUGAAUUGUGUCCCAUGGAGCUUCCUCAAGAUAGGUCAGGACCAAUAGCUGCCACUUGAGGACAAGUGAGAAAACAAUUUUUCUUUAUCAUUCCCCCUUCCUGUCCACUGCAGGAUUGAAGCAGGGAAAGCAGAAGAGAGAUGUGAGAAGAAACUUUUUUUGUUUUGUUUUGUUUUGUUUUGUUUUGUUUUGUUUCCCAAUUAGAUGGGCAGGUGUAGACCGCCAAGGGGUAGAAAUGUUAGAUCUUGCCAGAUCAGAGUCUUGGAAUAAAGAAGUCUCUCUGUGC